CACGCAUGCACAAAAUUGCGCAGUAGUGUUCACUUUCGACAACUUUAUGUGUGUGCUGAGUUCUCUGGGGUUGCACUGGUGCACGUAAGAAGUUAGGAUGUUUGUAUGUAUACGUCACAGGGUACCAUCGAAUCCAGACCUAGGCAUGGUGGGGUGCGCAAUUAACUCACAACAACCUAAUAACCAAAAAGACUUGAAGGAUGCACACUUAUUUUAAGCCGUGGUUGAACGUGGUUGCAAAUUGGACAUGUAUUUGAUGGACCACAACCGAGCAAGGAACACGCUUCUUAAUUUUUCCUCAAUGCACACGCAAUGACGAUGGGAAAACAACUUCAGAAUGCUUGCAAUAUGACUUGACCCACAGGAAGUGUUACAUAACGCAUUCUUGGGUGUCCCUCACUGUCUGUAUGGACCGGUAGACUUUACAACAACUUGCAACAACACAGCCCAAGGAAAACUUAGCAAAACGGACACAUGAGCAUGAAUAGUGCUCAUGUAACGUGCACUGUAACGUGCUCAAUUAUCCGCGAAAUCCACCCGGAGAAGCUGGCACGCCGGAGAAGCGAGACCGUGACAGCGGUAUGCAAAUGGGCUGCACCCUGAAAGUGGCUGGGUGUACAAACAGGCAGGUUUAGGGAAAAUUCUCGUCAUAGGCAAUUCUAACAAAGGAACCGACUGCAGACCAGAAUUUGGAGAAAUUCACAAGAGAUAUUUGGACUUAAAACACCAAAGAUGAAGACGCCUGGUUCUAUGCUGCUGUUCGCCUGUACGCUGUUUGCCGUCGCCGGUAUUGGAUCAUGUGCCGCUCUCGACUGUUACGAUUGCUCUUUUCCCGCCAGUAAUUGUGGGGAUCCGUUCGACCCGGCCGGCGUGACGCCAAUGGCAUGUCCUAGCGGUAAUGUCUGUACGGCUCAAAAUUCAAGUUCUGGUGGCACUGAGGUGUUUUCUAGAGGUUGCACCGAGGCUGAUUCUUGCACAACCGGCUGCGUCACCUCCGAGGGGGUAACCUCAUGCAGUUACUGCUGUAACGAGGAUCGGUGUAACAGCAGAUCUAUUGCGGACGCAGUUGCAGAUAUCCUCCACUGCUACUAUUGUACAUACAAAUCGGCAAGCAACUUCAGUUCCCCAGCGUGUAACGAUCCGUUCAACCCGAACGGCGACGGGGUAGUGCAAUAUCCAUGCGCCGAUGGACAGUGCGGGGUUUUAACGACCAACCACACGGGGCAAAGUACCCUCAGCAGGCUCUGCAUCUCCGACAGCACUUCCCCCAGGGGAUGCACCCCUGGGUGCGACGCCCUGGGUAUCACCUGUCAAACCUGCUGCUCUGAAAACCUGUGCAACGUGGGACUCGCUGCCACGCCCUCAACAACGAAACCCAGUGCAGCGACCCCAACGGUCGGCGGUGGAAAGGCCUCCCUCGCCGCCAUAUCGCUGGUUUCUGCGGGUCUGCUCGUGGUGUUGCGUUAGAUGUUCAAACCUUGGGUGUCUUCAUCUGUAGGUCUACACAGAAUUCACUAAUCAGACCUAUUUUAAGUGUUCUAAGUAGGAAUAGGUUUUUCUUUUAAAUUGUUUUAGGCUUAGAUUUGCUUUAUAACUGCGAGUAGGUCUUCAGUUGCAUGUAAUACUGUCUUUAUCUGCAACAUUUGAUUAACCUCUCGUAAUGCCAAACAAGUCUUUGUCUUUAAGUGUUUUAUAACUGGUUGCUUGCCUUGGUAUCUCUCAUCACUGCAACAAUAAGUAACUGUGUACCGAUGUUUUGACUUUCCCCUUGUUUUUCUACAGACUCUUCUAAGCUUGCCACAUUUCAACACAUGAAGAGGCGACGCACCCCCCCCCCCUUACUGUUUUUUUUAGCGGCAGUGACAAAUCGCGUUUAUAGAAGAUCAUUCAAAAUUUCGUACUUAAUUAUUUCCCCUUCAACGUAGCCAAUACAUUCAGCUUAGAUAACCAACGAUACAACCAACCAGUAUAAAUCUGUACCCUUUUCCAAAAUGAAACAAGUAAAAUAUGCUACAUUGGUGUUGUUUGUAUUUUGUAACAUGCUUACAUUAUAUUUGUCUAAAAUGAAGUAAACUAUGUAUGUACUUUAAUUUAAGAUUCGAAUCUGGGACUCAAUUUUCAGUUCAUAAUUUUGAUAGAUAUCCAUAGACUUACUCUUAGAUAACAAAUGAUUCGCUGCGUGUAUACUGUCAUGAGUAUUUUUAAACGUAGUGGUGGCGGUAGGAUAGGGACAUUACAGCUGAUCAUUUUGUGUGGUAUUAGCCACGCCCUUUUUGUAGUUGGCCACACCCCCGCAUGAACACAUCAUAAGAUUUGCAAAUAUUUUACAGGGGUGAGAUUUGUUACCAUUUUAUUUAGAAAAUCCCUUUUGAAUUACAGCUGAUCAUUUUGUGUGGUAUUAGCCACGCCCCUUUUGUAGUUGGCCACACUCCCGCAUAAACACAUCAUAAGAUUUGCAUAUAUUUUACAGGGGUGAGAUUUAUUACCAUUUUAUUUAAAAAAUCCCUUUUGAAUUACAGCUGAUCAUUUUGUGUGGUAUUAGCCACGCCUUUUUUGUUCUUGGCCACACUCCCGCAUAAACACAUCAUAAGAUUUGAAAAUAUUUUACAGGGGUGAGAUUUGUUAGCUUUCUAUUUAUAAAAUCCCUUUUGAAUCUGACAUUACUGAGAAUUUACCAUAUAGGUGUCAUUAACUAAAAUGUUUACAGAGAACAAAAGAAAUGUAUUUGAAAAGGAAUGCUUGGGCAAAAACAUCGUGCUACCUAUUAUCUGAUGGCCUGAUUGGCACUCCCAGAUCCUCAAGUGUAUUUAGCUUAUUUGUCGUUUUCCUUCAACCUAUCAGUCCUGAUUUCAGCACUAUUAUCCAGAACUCUUGCCAGAAGUAUAAACUCUUGCUAAAAACGAAGAAAAUUCUGCUCAUUCAUUUUGAAAACAUUGUGCCACAAACGUCUCAAAUUUGAUUGUAAAAAACUACUCCAGACAACACCGUGUUUCUCUCUAAUAUCUUCAUUGGGUUUUUGUUAUUUUGUUGUGUGUGCACUUUUCUUUAUUCUCGAGCACGGGUUUUGUUGUGUUGUUUUGUGCUUUUAUUUGAAGUUCAGUGUUCAAAUAAUUUGACUAACAUAACGCAAUGGAGAAACAUGGUUUGUAGCGAGUAUAAUUAUCACAAAAAGUGAGCACAAUGAUAACAUUCAGUGGUAAAAAAUCAGAUUCACGUUCUUGAAGCCUUAACUCCCUACUGUCUUUUACUAAGUGAUGGACCAAGUCAGCCAAAAUCCAUCAAUCACACUGCUUCCAAUGC